AACAGUGAUUCGUCGAAAUACGUACGAGUGGUGAACAGCCAGAAGUGUAUCCGCGCGGGCGGUAAACACAACGACUUGGACGACGUCGGCAAAGAUGUCUAUCACCACACGUUCUUUGAAAUGCUUGGCAACUGGUCUUUCGGUGACUUCUUCAAGAAGGAGAUCUGUCGCUGGGCUUACGAACUGCUCACACAAGUGUAUGGUCUGCCCAAAGACCGGAUAUACGUUACGUAUUUCGGCGGUAAUCCCGAGAGCGGGUUAGAGGCCGACGAUGAAUGUCGACAGAUAUGGUUAGACGUUGGGCUGCCGUCCGAUCGGGUGCUGCCCUUCGGAAUGAAAGACAAUUUCUGGGAAAUGGGCGAAACGGGUCCGUGCGGUCCCUGUUCUGAGAUACACUUCGACCGCAUCGGUAACAGAGAUGCCUCGAGUUUAGUUAAUAUGGAUGAUCCGGACGUCAUUGAGAUUUGGAAUCUGGUGUUCAUUCAAUUCAAUCGCGAAACCGACGGUUCGCUCAAACCGUUGCCUAAAAAACAUGUCGACACAGGAAUGGGUUUCGAGCGACUCGUGUCUGUAAUUCAGCAAAAGUCGUCCAAUUAUGACACCGAUUGCUUCGUUCCCAUCUUUGACGCCAUUCAACAGUUGACAGGCGUUCGACCCUAUAGUGGGAAAGUAGGCGCCGACGACGUGGACGGCAUUGAUAUGGCCUAUCGGGUGGUCGCAGAUCACGCGCGCACUCUGACCAUCGCUCUGUCAGACGGCGGCCGACCCGACAAUAUAGGCAGGGGUUAUGUUCUGCGAAGAGUAUUACGGCGAGCCGUCCGUUACGUUGAAAAACUUGGCGGAAAACCCGGAGUUUUUGCUUCACUCGUUCCGGUUGUGAUCGAAUCGUUGAGUUCUGUAUUCACUGAACUCACGAAAGAUCCACAAAAUGUGAUGAAUAUUAUUAAUGAAGAAGAGAUUCAAUUCUUGAAAACCCUUUCGCGAGGAAAACGACUCUUAGAGCGAACUAUUGAUAAAAUGAAAGCCCAGAACCGAACUGUACUUCCGGGUGAUAUCGCGUGGAGACUUUACGACACGUACGGCUUUCCCGUCGACUUAACGCAACUGAUGGUCGAAGAGACGGGCUUUUCAGUCGAUUUGAGUGCUUACGAGAGUUGCAAAGCUGAGGCACAACUGAAAUCUCAGAGCAAAUCAUCUCAAUUUGACUCCGGAAUUGAUUUAGACGUCCAUUCGAUCGCAGAAUUGAAAGACAGUUUACAAAUUGCGGUCACAAAUGAUUUGCCGAAAUAUGACUACCGAUCGGUCGACGAAACCCCGAAAUCUGUUUACACGUUCGAGAAAUGCGAGGCAAAGGUUGUGGCCUUAAGAAAGAGUAAGCAGUUUGUGUCGGAAGUGGUGGCCGGAGAUGAGUGUGGAAUCCUUUUGGAUAAGACAUCCUUUUAUGCUGAGGCCGGCGGACAGGAAUACGACACCGGAUUUAUGAAUAAAACGACCGCUUCUGACGACGAAGAGACCGAGUUUGAGGUGAAGGAAGUGAAAGUUCACGGCGGAUAUGUCCUCCACAUCGGACACGUCGGGUGCGGUGUUGUCAGAGUUGGCGAUACAUUAAAGUUGCAAAUUGAUGAACAGAGACGUAAACUUAUAAUGAAUAACCACACGGGAACUCAUGUCCUCAACUAUGCUUUGCGCUCUGUAUUGACAACUGAUGCCAACCAAAAAGGAUCGCUCGUGUCUUCAGAUAAACUACGAUUUGAUUUCACUAAUAAUGGCGCAAUGAGUGCCUCACAAGUCAAACAAACCGAGAGUAUUGCCCAACAGAUGAUCGCUAAGAAUGAAGAGGUUUUUGCAAAGGACUCGUCGCUGGCGUCCGCUAAAGCUGUUCAGGGUUUGCGCGCAGUGUUUGACGAGACAUAUCCCGAUCCGGUCAGAGUUGUCUCCAUUGGAGUGUCUGUCGAUGCCCUGCUGUCAGACCCAACGGGUCCCGCGGGAACGCAAACGUCAGUCGAGUUUUGCGGCGGAACUCAUUUGAAACGAAGCGGACAUAUCGGCGACUUUGUCAUUGCCAGCGAAGAGGCCAUCGCUAAAGGCAUUCGUCGUAUUGUCGCUCUGACGGGUCCCGAAGCGACCAAAGCUUUAAAUAAAGCAACCCUUUUGGAUAAGUCGGUCGCCAGUCUGAAGGCCAGCAUUGCUAACAAAUCCAAUAAAGAGUUUUAUAAGGAGAAUGUGAGACAAGUAGUGGAACUGACGGAUGAGGUCUCGCAGUCGAACAUUGCCUAUUGGAAGAAGGAUGAGAUCAGAAACGAAUUGAACCAAAUGAAGAAACAGUUGGAUUCGGUGGACAGGGCUAACAAAGCCGCACAACAGACACAAGUGAUCGAAACCGCAAAAUCUUUGGCCCAACAGUUCAAAGGAACCAAAUUCCUUAGUUCAGUCAGAGGUUCACCCGAUUUGUGUCGAAAUGCGGCCAAAAUUAAUUCAAUCGCUUAUAUCGACGAUCAGAAGACAUACUUCUUCACGAGUGAGGGUUACUAUUGGCUCAUCAAUGAAACAGAGUUUCCGCCCAAAGAGUUUGGAAAACCACUUCCCGCGGGCUUCAGAGUCGGCGACUCUGCCAUGUAUUGGAACUCUCAGAAGAGUUGUCCCGAUUCUAACCCUCAAAGACAACAACAAAUCCAUUUGAUUGAAAAGACGCCAACAAUUGGAAAUCAGAUAAUGGUUUUGGAUUUACUGACAAACAAAUGGUCCGACAAUUCGUUUUCAUACAAAUCGUCGCGAACUAUAAGAAAGGCUUCCGUUAAAUGGGAUCAACCAAUCGAUGGUCUCUUUAUAUACGAUAAAACAAAUCUAAUGAUCGCUCAAAAACUUCAGUACGAAGUGAUUGAUAUAAAACCGUUAUGUGAGGGACAGACAGACGGACAGCCAUUGGGUCUGAAAUCAAUUAGUGAUUUUGGCGAAGAAGUGGAUGCGCUCACAAUUGUCAACCAAACUCGACUCCUUCUGUUCAAAGGCAUCCAUUUCUGGAUUCUUGACAUUAAAUCGUUCACAAAUGGAAAGUUUACGACAAUUAAACACAGCAAACAGAAUAUAGUGAACCACUUCUUCAAAUUCAACGGCAGUUGUGUCUCACCGACAGGUGAUCCCUAUCCCAGCGCCCAAUCCCUGAUCCCUAUUCAGCCAAACAAUGCGACAACAAAAUUACCAAAUGCUUCGCUUAACACAACUUUGGCAAAGAGUGUCAAAGAGUCAAAGGAUGGCAACAAUAAGUGGUUUUUCAUCAUUUCAGUGAUUCUGAUCGCAAUUAUUCUACUCCUUGUAUUGGCUUUCAUAUGCGUUCUCUUCGUUCGCCACAAGAAAACGAGUCGAAAAGCGGCCGAUUCUCAAAGCAAGUCCAGCCAAAGCCUCAAACCAAGCAAAAGUCGAAAGUGA